ACCAACAGAACCAAUCCUUUUUUAAAGCCAGAGGUUCCCUCUAUAUGUUCCACGAUUACAGCCACGGCGUUUGUACAUACCUACCUAGGUACUUAGGUACAUAGUAGUAGACCUACAUCCUAGUAAACGGCCCCUCGCACCAACACUGCAACUACACAUGGAUGUGGUCACACACAGAGUGAUGUAUGAUACCCCUCGGGUCUUAUUAGGUGCCGAACCGACCAGUCAUAUGGUUUCCGGGCCGCUGUGUCUGAAAUUUCACUGUUUGGAAUGCGACCGGUUAGCAGCCGACAUGUCGACAUGUUGCCGAUCAUUGUUGAUUAGUGAUAGCAAUAUGUCUGACUACAUCCAUAAAUAGGAGUUUUACCUUUUGGCCCCCAUCCUCCUUUUGGCGGUGCUAUUGGAGAGUUUUUAUUGGUUAAUACACGGUGACACAGUCUCUUUGCACUGUUAGUCUUCUUUCCUUUGGAGUAAGUAGUCCCUGGCAGGUGGCGUCGGAAGUUGGUGUUGGUGCACUGCAGUUUGCUUCUUUAUCCCCUUCGACAGAGGGUUUCCACCAUGCCAUUUACAUAAACUUCUAAAUUCCUUGGCUGUCUCCAUGGCCUUAGUAUCCCGAUAGAAAACUCGCUAGUUAUCGAUUUCCAUCAUUCUGUUACCAAAUUCAAUCGCCAAGAGUGCGUCAAGGAUCGCUACAAUGAGUUCGACUGAUGCUUCAGUCGAAGCCGGUUCCAAGCAUCCAGUAAUGGAUGAAUGGGUCGACAGGUCCCAAAUCGAAAUGAUGGAGACUGAUAUCCAAGCAAAGCAAGAUGCUACAUUUAACUAUAUGUCUGGAUGGAAAUCGCAUGUUACCAUGACAGCGUUAGGUCUUGCACUUUUCCUCGUGAACCUCGAGCUUACAAUCAUUGGUACUGCCCUUGUAUCCAUCACCAACGAUCUCCACGACUUUGUAAAAGCAAGCUGGGUUGUCACAGCGUAUUUGAUAACUUACACUACUGGACUGGUGAUAUGGGCGAAAGUAAGUGACCACAUAGGGCGGAAGCAGGCCUAUAUGGCUUCUUUGAUCACCUUCAGCGCGUUUGCUGGAGGGUGCGGUGCAGCUCAGACUAUGGUUCAAUUAAUUGUUUGCCGCGCUUUCCAAGGCCUCGGAGCUGGAGGCGUCUACGCAGUGGCCAUUGUCAUGCUUUACGAACUAAAACCUCCGGAAAAGUACGCCCAGGUGACGUCUGUCUCAGCUGGUGCAGCUGCACUUGGAAACGCUCUGGGGCCUAUCUUUGGCGGCCUAAUAUCUCAAGGAACCACAUGGCGCUGGGUUUUUCUCCUCAAUGUUCCCUCAGGAGUUGUGGCAGCAAUUGUGGUUUUUUUUGUGGUUCCGAACAACUUCCCGUAUCAAGGGCUUCUCCGAAGAAAGCCACAGCUCAAGUUCAGAACUCUCGACUUCACCGGAGCGUUUCUCAUGCUUACAGCAUUAGCUUUACUUAUCAGCGGACUUGAACAAGCUGCCACAUUAUUAUAUUGGACAUCUGCUACUGUAAUUGUUCCGAUUUGUGUUUCCGUCGUCGUAUGGGUAGCAUUCUUCGCUAGCCAAUGGUACUUUACCCGUCCUACAAGUUCAGUAGAGCCGGUAUUCCCUUGGCGGUUCUGUCAAGACAGAGAGAUGAUGGGCCUUCUAGUGAACUCUUUUAUGACUGGGUCAGUCAGCAUAACAUGUAUUAUUCAACUUCCUAUUCGGUACCAGACAUCAGUAGGAGCUAGUCCACUGCAAGCUGGCGUAAGGUUGCUACCUUUCGUACUAUGCGGUCCUCUCGGUGUCAUUCUUACUGCCUCAAUUUCAAAGAAACGACGCGUCCCCCCGUUGUACUUGGCUCUCGCUGCGUCGAUAUUGCAGAUGUUAGGGCUCAUUUUUAUGUCCCGAGGCCCUGCAGAUAAUCCCGACUGGAAGCCUCUGUAUGGGCUCGAAGUCCUAACCGGUCUAGGAAUGGGUAUUAGCAUAGGAAUAGUAACACUGCUAACACCCUAUGUGGCGGAGAAAAGGGACUUAGCGGUCGCAUCGGCAGCUGGCACUCAAUUUCGCUUCCUCGGAAGUGCUUUUGUAGUUUCUAUCACUACCGCAGUUGGUAAUGGGUGGGUAAAAGGCCAAUUAUCCAGCUCGUUGACGUCUUCACAAAUCGACCAAGUUUUUCAGUCGACAUCCUCAAUUUAUCAGCUUCCGGAAAGUUUACAGCCCGCCGUAAGAAGCACAUUUGUUAAGGGUUUCAAUCUCGAAAUGCAUAUUGUACUUGGAUUUGCAGUUACAUCUGUUCUCAGUAUAGCACUGAUGUGGAGAAGGAAUCCGAUCAGGGUUGAGUGAGCCCACGAUGUUUUGGGGAUGGCUAAGUUUCAGUCUCAUUGCGGGCAAUAGGUUGUCGUAUUAACUACAAAGUGUACCACUUCUUUCAUUUGGGGUCGUUAAGAUUGUAAAGUAUUAUUGACCUAAUUCUUUCGUUCUACCAUCCGAAGAGCCUGAUUAUCAAUCUCUCUAACCAGUGAAAUGACCCUACGGAUAAUUCUGACACUCGACUUCACGGCAGAGC